AUGCAAAUUCAGCCCGAAAAACUUGGGGGAGAGAGAGAAAAACCAAAAAUUGGCUCAUCAACAAAAAGUGCGUCAGCGCGCGCACUGGAAAUGCGUCAAUAGUGUGCGUCUGGCGCACUUCCAGUGCAUUUUUUCAUUUUUUUUUAAUUUUUGCGCGGGAUUUGGGAUUUUCCGGGUUUCCCGGGUGUUUUUGGUGUGAAAUCGUCUGAAAAUAAGUGCAGGAUUGUUAAUUUCACCCUGGGAACCCAUGAGAAUUCGUUGAAAUCCCCAAAAAAUCACAUUUUUGUUUAGAAAUGUUGUCUCGAUCACUUCGCUCUGCCUCAAGAAUUGUGCGCUGCUAUUCACAAGCCGCCGGACUUCCGCUAAGUGAAGGAGCUCCAGCAAACUUGCCUUCGUCUGAAGAUCGUCAAAUUUCACCGAAAAUUGCGGGUUUGGUUGAUGAAAUUGCAAGUUUGUCGCUUUUAGAUGUGAGUUUUCCAAGGUUUUUGGAAAAUCGUGGCUUCACCAACAUUUUCCAGGUCUCCGAUCUCAACUGGGCUCUCAAAAAACGUCUCAACAUCCCCGAUCAACCAUUAAUGUCAGCCGCAGCGUUCGCAAUGCCUGCCGCAGCCGCCGCACCAACCGCCGCAGCUGCAGAAGAAGCCGCCUCCGAUGUGCCGCAAAAAAUGACGUUCACCGUGAAAUUGACGAAAUUCGACGACACCAAGAAGAUCGCAAUCAUCAAAGAGAUUCGUAACUGUGUGCCGGGUUUGAAUUUGGUGCAAGCCAAGAAGUUUGUCGAAACCGCGCCGGUUAAUGUGAAAGAGGAUUUGGGUAAGGCAGAAGCCGAAGAAUUGAAGAGUCUUUUGGAGAAGGCUGGAGCUACUAUUGAGAUUGUCUAG